AUGUUGGGAGAGGAAGAGAAGGUGUGGGUGGAAGAGCACGCCCACAGACGGCAGCCACGCCCACAGACGGCAGCCACGCCCACAGACGGCAGCCACGCCCACAGACGGCAGCCACGCCCACAGACGGCAGGCAAGCCCACAGACGGCAGCCACGCCCACAGACGGCAGCCACGCCCACAGACGGCAGCCACGCCCACAGACGGCAGCCACGCCCACAGACGGCAGCCACGCCCACAGACGGCAGCCACGCCCACAGACGGCAGCCACGCCCACAGACGGCAGCCACGCCCACAGACGGCAGCCACGCCCACAGACGGCAGGCAAGCCCAUAGACGGCAGCCACGCCCACAGACGGCAGGCAAGCCCAUAGACGGCAGCCACGCCCACAGAAGGCCGCCACGCCCACAGACGGCAGGCAAGCCCACAGACGGCAGCCACGCCCACAGACGGCAGCCACGCCCACAGACGGCAGCCACGCCCACAGAAGGCAGCCACGCCCACAGACGGCCGCCACGCCCACAGACGGCAGCCACGCUCACAGACGGCAGCCACGCCCACAGACGGCAGGCAAGCCCACAGACGGCAGCCACGCCCACAGACGGCAGCCACGCCCACAGACGGCAGCCACGCCCACAGACGGCAGCCACGCCCACAGACGGCAGCCACGCCCACAGACGGCAGGCAAGCCCACAGACGGCAGCUACGCCCACAGACAGCAGCCACGCCCACAGACGGCAGCCACGCCCACAGAAGGCAGCCACGCCCACAGACGGCAGCCACGCCCACAGACGGCAGCCACGCCCACAGACGGCAGGCAAGCCCACAGAUGGCAGCCACGCCCACAGACGGCAGCCACGCCCACAGACGGCAGCCACGCCCACAGACGGCAGCCACGCCCACAGACGGCAGCCACGCUCACAGACGGCAGCCACGCCCACAGACGGCAGGCAAGCCCACAGACGGCAGCCACGCCCACAGACGGCAGCCACGCCCACAGACGGCAGCCACGCCCACAGACGGCAGCCACGCCCACAGACGGCAGCCACGCCCACAGACGGCAGGCAAGCCCACAGACGGCAGCUACGCCCACAGACGGCAGCCACGCCCACAGACGGCAGCCACGCCCACAGAAGGCAGCCACGCCCACAGAAGGCAGCCACGCCCACAGACGGCAGCCACGCCCACAGACGGCAGGCAAGCCCACAGAUGGCAGCCACGCCCACAGACGGCAGCCACGCCCACAGACGGCAGCCACGCCCACAGAAGGCAGCCACGCCCACAGAAGGCAGCCACGCCCACAGACGGCAGCCACGCCCACAGACGGCAGGCAAGCCCACAGAAGGCAGCCACGCCCACAGAAGGCAGCCACGCCCACAGACGGCAACCACGCCCACAGACGGCAGGCAAGCCCACAGACGGCAGCCACGCCCACAGACGGCAGCCACGCCCACAGACGGCAGCCACGCCCACAGAAGGCAGCCACGCCCACAGACGGCCGCCACGCCCACACCACCUGCGGGAACAGUAGCAGUGAAAGUGGACAGUGUGCUGAUUAGUGUGGCACCAGUGUGCCAGCUCGCCAUCCGGCCUCAGACAGUGUGCCAGCUCGCCAUCCGGCCUCAGACAGUGUGCCAGCUCGCCAUCCGGCCUCAGACAGUGUACCAGCUCGCCAUCCAGCCUCAGACAGUGUGCCAGCUCGCCAUCCAGCCUCAGACAGUGUGCCAGCUCGCCAUCCGGCCUCAGACAGUGUGCCAGCUCGCCAUCCAGCCUCAGACAGUGUACCAGCUCGCCAUCCAGCCUCAGACAGUGUGCCAGCUCGCCAUCCGGCCUCAGACAGUGUGUCAGCUCGCCAUCCCGUCUCUGACAGUGUACCAGCUCGCCAUCCAGCCUCAGACAGUGUGCCAGCUCGCCAUCCAGCCUCAGACAGUGUGCCAGCUCGCCAUCCAGCCUCAGACAGUGUACCAGCUCGCCAUCCGGCCUCAGACAGUGUACCAACUCGCCAUCCAGCCUCAGACAGUGUGCCAGCUCGCCAUCCAGCCUCCAACAGUGUACCAGCUCGCCAUCCAGCCUCAGACAGUGUACCAGCUCGCCAUCCAGCCUCAGACAGUGUACCAGCUCGCCAUCCGGCCUCAGACAGUGUACCAGCUCGCCAUCCGGCCUCAGACAGUGUGCCAACUCGCCAUCCAGCCUCCAACAGUGUACCAGCUCGCCAUCCAGCCUCAGACAGUGUACCAGCUCGCCAUCCGGCCUCAGACAGUGUGCCAGCUCGCCAUCCGGCCUCAGACAGUGUACCAGCUCGCCAUCCAGCCUCAGACAGUGUACCAGCUCGCCAUCCAGCCUCAGACAGUGUACCAGCUCGCCAUCCGGCCUCAGACAGUGUACCAGCUCGCCAUCCGGCCUCAGACAGUGUGCCAACUCGCCAUCCAGCCUCAGACAGUGUGCCAGCUCGCCAUCCAGUCUCCAACAGUGUACCAGCUCGCCAUCCAGCCUCAGACAGUGUGCCAGCUCGCCAUCCAGCCUCCAACAGUGUACCAGCUCGCCAUCCAGCCUCAGACAGUGUACCAGCUCGCCAUCCAGCCUCAGACAGUGUACCAGCUCGCCAUCCGGCCUCAGACAGUGUACCAGCUCGCCAUCCGGCCUCAGACAGUGUACCAGCUCGCCAUCCGGCCUCAGACAGUGUGCCAGCUCGCCAUCCAGCCUCAGACAGUGUACCAGCUCGCCAUCCGGCCUCAGACAGUGUGCCAGCUUGCCAUCCGGCCACAGUGUGCCAGCUCGCCAUCCAGCCUCAGACAGUGUGCCAGCUCGCCAUCCGGCCUCAGACAGUGUGCCAGCUUGCCAUCCGGCCACAGUGUGCCAGCUCGCCAUCCGGCCUCAGACAGUGUGCCAGCUCGCCAUCCAGCCUCAGACAGUGUGCCAGCUCGCCAUCCAGCCUCAGACAGUGUGCCAGCUCGCCAUCCAGCCUCAGACAGUGUGCCAGCUCGCCAUCCGGCCACACGCGGGAAGUCUGCUGAUGUCAGUCUUUAUUCGUGGCUUGGUAAGGAGUCGUGUUCGAUCUUGUCUAUUUUGGCAACGUAUCUUUUUAUAGGUCUUGCAUGCCGGGGCAACAUUCUCAGGAACUGGUCUCGUGCUGUUGGAGGCAGCGCUCCGGAGCCUCUUGUGCAAGCUUCUCCACACCCGCCUCACUCCCUCCGCUCAUUACCUCUUUCUUUGGAAGAAUCACGUCUGAAACUUUCCGACAAUGAAGGCAGGCGUGUGGCCCGCGUGUGGUCCACGUGUGGCCCGCGUGUGGCCCGCGUGUGGCCCGAGUGUGGUCCGCGUGUGGCCCGCGUGUGGCCCUGGUGGUCACACACUUCCAUCAGCGAGUCCAUUCUGGACUUCGGGGACAGAACCAAACUAACCAAGAUGUCCUAG